AUGGACUCUCAACGGCAGAACGAUGUGUCGCCUGAGGCGAUGCAGGCGCGCAUUCAGCAGGCGCGUCGCGAGGCUGAGACCCUGAAGGACAGGAUCAAGAGGAAGAAGGACGAGCUCGCCGAUACCACUCUACGUGCUGUGUCGCAGCAAUCCCACGACUCGAUACCCAAGAAUCAGUUGAUGAAGACCAAGAGGACGUUGAAGGGCCAUCUGGCCAAGAUCUAUGCUAUGCACUGGUCGACCGACCGAAGACAUCUUGUAUCCGCGUCGCAGGACGGCAAGCUGAUCAUCUGGGACGCCUACACAACCAACAAGGUCCACGCAAUUCCUCUGCGAUCCUCAUGGGUCAUGACUUGCGCAUACGCACCGAGCGGAAACUAUGUUGCCUGUGGCGGUCUGGACAACAUCUGCUCCAUCUACAACCUCAACCAGAACCGCGACGGGCCGACCCGAGUCGCUCGUGAGCUGUCCGGCCACGCCGGAUACCUCUCGUGCUGUAGAUUCAUCAACGACCGUAGCAUUCUGACCUCGUCUGGUGACAUGACCUGUAUGAAGUGGGACAUCGAGACAGGCACCAAGGUCAUGGAGUUUGCCGAUCACCUGGGCGAUGUCAUGAGCAUCAGUCUAAACCCCACAAACCAGAACACCUUCAUUUCUGGUGCUUGCGAUGCAUUCGCCAAGCUAUGGGAUAUCCGUGCCGGCAAGGCCGUGCAGACUUUUGCCGGUCAUGAGUCUGACAUUAACGCCAUCCAGUUCUUCCCUGAUGGCCACUCCUUCGUUACAGGUUCCGACGACGCCACCUGCAGGCUCUUCGAUAUCCGUGCGGACAGGGAGCUUAACCUCUACGGCUCUGAAUCUAUCCUGUGUGGUAUCACAUCGGUUGCCACCUCCGUCUCCGGCCGUCUUCUUUUCGCUGGUUACGAUGAUUUCGAGUGCAAAGUCUGGGAUAUCACCCGUGGCGAAAAGGUCGGCUCUCUUGUGGGCCACGAGAACCGCGUCAGCUGCUUGGGUGUUAGCAACGACGGUAUCAGCUUGUGCACAGGUUCUUGGGAUUCGGUCCUCAAAAUCUGGGCAUACUAA